AUGUAUUGCUCGGGGUCCUAUUAUCCUUAUUCGAUACCAUUUUUAUCUUUUACACCUCGUCGUCAAACUCAUAUUAAAAAUAUCUUACAACAAUUUCCAGCCAUAGAUAAUGGCAACACUUCCUCUACUUCGUCUACAAAUACUAACACUCAAGGAAUUUCUCCUUCUAACUCUAUCUCGCCACUACUAGACAAUUCCUCGCUUGAAGACACAGCUGCUAUAACUACAAGUACCGAUAAUCCUUUAUCACAACCAGUAAAUAAAGAUUUCCCAGAUUUUCAACGACGCGUACAUCAACGACCUGCUGUGAUAAAGCAUUACAGAUUGAACGCCGCGAAAAUGCCUGAUAUAUCGGGACGAGUGAAAAAAGACUUAGAAGACGAGCUUUUUGAUUCCGACACAUCGGAUAAUACUAAAGUCGUAGAACGACGUCCUAACAACGUAACACCGAGAUGA